GGAUAUUCUCAUAGCCAUGUCAUGUCACAGCCUAGUAAGUUGAGAAUAAGGCUGAUCAGUUCACCAUCUUCCUGUACUUAAGUAAUUCCACUUUGAAGGAAUUGAGAAAUGAACUCUAUCCCGUGCUGGAGGUUACUUCUUAAUUAAAGAUUUAUUAUCGUAACUACAUAUAAACUGGUCUUCCUUUGAGUUAUUUACAUCAGUUGUAUAGUGUAAUCGUAUGUAUGUCCAUGACUGAUGUGUGACAUUCUGCUCUUUGAAAGAUUCAUUUGACAACAAGUGACUGUCUAAAAUUGUGAGUGCAUGUAAACUCAUCUGAAAUAUUUUUCCCACACCUUUAAUGUGAUUUCAGAGUUGGAGGCAUCUCUUUCUAGUCCAAACAAGGCUGUUUCCACUGAUAAAUCAACAAAAAAUGAUUCCAAGGUUAAUGGCCAGCUCAGGAGCCGAAUUAAGGGUCUGUCAAAUCUUGGUAAUACAUGCUUCUUUAAUGCUGUCAUGCAGAACCUGUGCCAGACAGAGUUACUUCACGUAGCAGCUUCUUGUGCUACACAGGAAGGGUUUUCCCAACAUUUAUCUUCAGAUAACAAAGACCUGCCCCGACUCAAGGUAACAGUUCAGGAGGCACCAGGAUCACUUACUAAAGCGUUAUGGAAGUUACUACAAGAUUCAAGAGGCUCGAGCGAUCGCACUUUGAAUCCACGACAGCUGUUUGGAGAGAUUUGCAAAACGGCCACAAGGUUCAAGGGAUUUAGACAGCAAGACAGCCAAGAACUACUUCGUUAUCUGUUCGAUUCUAUCAGAACUGAAGAGCUUAAGCGAGUCAAGUUGGCUGUGUUGAAAUCUUUUGGUGUUACUGGCGGAGCUGACGCCAAGACCUUGGACGACAACAAAAGAACGCAAAUUAAAGAGUAUGGCGCAAGUGCUGAGGCACCGCUGAUAGACAGUGUGUUUGCUGGCAGGCUCGUAAGCAUCGUGACGUGUCAUCAGUGUCAUCAGGAAUUCAAAGUGGAGGAGACAUUUCUGGACUUGUCUUUGCCGCUGAUGUCACCACCGCAGGAAUCCUACAGCGAUAAGUUCCACGCAAAAGGAGGAAAACAAAGCUCAAAAUCGCCAAAGACUCCUAACAGCGAAUCAACAAACGUCGAAGUCAGUAGCAAAGAAACAGAAAAAGAUUCCAAGGCAAAGACCCCCAGUAAACAUCAGCAGAAAUCAGCUAGAAAAGCUGAAAGGAAGAAGGGAAAAAAAGGAAAAGGUCAUGGAAAGAAGGGGAAAGCUUUUCAGGAUGCAAACGAUAACAAAGAAGAUGAUGAAGAAGAAAAAGGGGACUCGGGAGAGGAAGGCGAUGAACUCGAUCAGAUGAACGUUUCUGACUUGGACGAACAAGAACACAAACUGAACGGAAGUGUUGGUCCAGUGGGCAACGAUAACGCAACAGAGGAAUCCGUCAACUCUAGCGGCGGUCCUGAGGCUAUUCCCAAUUAUGAUGUCCAGUUGGAAGGUGUUGGAAGCAACUUGCAGCACUCGGCGCAGUCGAGUGAAAAGGAUUGUGACACUAGUGCUUUAGAUUCCAACAGAGCUGGCUAUGAAGAAGAUAAAACUGUUAAGCGUGAUUGUACAGAACGGACAGAGGUAGUGGAAGAUUCUUUGAAGAGUCUGGGAGAAAAUCAAGUGAUUCUAAAUGAGGAUGCUGCAAAGAAUCUUCAGACGGAGAGAAACGAUAGUCAACAGAAAGUUACAAACGAAGGUGAUUGCGUUACUUGCGAAGGAGAUGAUAAACAUCACCAAUCAAAAUUGCUCAGUGACGAUAAGAUGUCAUCGAUGGAUUUCUCGAAUUGUAACAAAACGAUUCACGCAGACGAAAUGGCUGAGCUAAAUUCAAGGAAUAUGCAAUGUGUUGACGGAGGCAAUACGUCUUUACCGACAGAGCCAAGCGACUGCAAGUUGGAAAAUGAACUUCAAGUCUGUCAAAAUGAACCCGAGGUCAAGCUCGCAAAUGAUGGAACUCGAAGUGUCUGGUCGAGUAUCAAUGCAAUUGUGGAAGAAAUCGUAAACUCAGCUUUGAAGACGAGUUUGGAUAAGGCUUUUACUUCGACUUGUGUAGAAAAUCCCUUAGAAGACCAUGCUGUCCAAGAAGAAGGAAAAUGUACCCUUAAAAAUUGCAGUGAAACGUUCACUGCAACGGAAGGCCUUCCUCAACUUGACGAACACCUUGUGACUGGCAUUGAAACAUUUGCAGAAACAGAAGGUCUUCCUCCGGGUGAAUUUAAGACUAUUUCUGUUGAUAAUGGUGAACAACAUUGUUUUGAUAAUAGCAUUGGUGCUAGGCGCGAAGAAAAUGACCGAGAAUACGAAGGGCGUUGUUCGGAUUCUAAUAAGGAAAACGGGACAGAAGAAGCAAUAGAGUUAGCUGUUACAAAUGGAGAAAAUUUUGAUGAAUGUGAAGUUGAUUCUGAAGAGGAAAACGAGCCUGGUUGCAUAUCGCGGAAACCUCUUACUCUACAGCCUACUUAUGACCCCUCCCCAGGGGAAUGUUCUGUCAUGUCCUGUUUAAGCCAGUUUUGCGUCUCUGAAAUGUUAGAUGGUAAUAAUAAGUUUGCUUGCGAAGAGUGUAGCAAACGAGCGCAACGAGUGAACGAGGGCAAAGGAGCCAGUGCGGCGAAACAUGACAAUAAGGAUGACGAUGAUACUGGAGACUCGUCUUUAGAAGACGAACCAAAAGGUGCAACGGCAAGUAAACCUUCGACGAGCAAGAAGAAAGAUUCUAAGCACCGGACUGUGUACACGGUUGCUAGUAAACAGAUGCUUAUCUCUCUCGCUCCUCCAGUGCUGACCCUUCAUCUGAAGCGCUUCCAGCAGGCUCGCUUCACUUUAAGAAAACUCACUAAACAUGUGGACUUUCCUGUGGAGCUGAACCUGGGGCCGUUUUGCAGUAGAAGUGGAAAGACUCGACCUGACUCAGAAGGACAAGUGUUGUACUCACUGUACGGUGUGAUUCAACACAGUGGCAACAUGAACAGUGGGCAUUACACAGCUUGUGUUAAAGUGAGGGAGCCACCUGUCAAAGGUCUUUAUGACAAGAUAACCAGCAUGAGUGAAUUAACUGAGUUUAUAAAAAACAUGUGGACUGCUGGGAAGACCGGUGUCAAACAUGGCAAUUCAAGAUGUCGUCAUGAGCCUGCUCCAGAUGGUCAGUGGUUUCACGUCAGUGACGCGAGCGUGGUGGCAAUAGCGGAGACGAAAGUGCUUAAGAGUCAAGCAUACAUGUUAUUUUACGGACGGCUUCCUCUUGGAAGCAGAUGAUUAAUAUGUGACCAGAGUGUCAUGUUGAGCAUUUUAUAGGAUUGGAACGGUUUCUGUCAGGCUUUCUCACCAACGACUCAAGAACUUAUUUGUGUUGCUUUUGCAUAUGUUAGUUCACUAGAUCAGUGAAGCGCAGUCUAACCAAUAAACGGAUUCGAUUGUUGCCACCCAAUUCAGAUGAUGUGAUGAAUCAUUUGGAAGGUUACAAUUGUUCUGUUUGUACAUACUCCAGGAGCCCAUGACUCCUGAUACUCCCAUGCAAUUAGUUGGGUCUGGCAAAUUGCAUGAGUGUAACCGCCCCUCUAAGGAAUCAUCAUGUGGUCUGGAUGGGGUGGCAACAAGGCUGUAAACACGUCAGCCGAAACCCUCCAUUGAGCGUUUUCACCCACGUGACCAGCAGCCAUGCCAGAUAAUUGGAACAAAAGAAAGUGAUUACAUGAGAAAUGAGUUGAAUUCCCAGGGGAUUGGUUUGGGUGCCCCAACAUGGCCGCCGUUGCAUUGAUUUGGAACACCUAUAUGGCUGCCAUGACGUCACGGGAAAACACUCUAUCAACCAAUCUGAAGCAAAGCAAACCAAUCGUUGACUUGGCUUACCCCCGUUUUUCCCGCGCUUGGCACUAGGUGCAUUUUUUUGCCUCGAGUUCUGAUUGGCUCUUUACAUUAUUUGCAUUUCCUGUGAUUGGCCAAUGGUGAUGACUUCUGUUUCGAUUUUAAGGCCCAGUUAUUAGUGAAAGUUUAAAGUUAUGGUUGUUCUAAGGCAGCCACUACCCUUACAAAUAGGAAUAUAAGCAAGUUAUGUAAGUAAACUCGAAGGCGGCAAGGACGGAAAAGGUGACGUGAGCAACCUAUUUUCACGAAUGCUUUUGGUUUGCACCUGGUUGGUAGAAAUGGUCGUCAAAUAUUUCACGAGUUCUUGAACUUGUUACUAAGCUCCGCAAAGGCAAAGACAUACUAAGUACUUUGCUUUCAAAAGUAGCUGGUAACGCAAUCUGUUGUGCGAGUUGUACGUGAUAUCUUGAUGGUAUAUUAGCAAAUGAUUUUUUUAUGGAAAUGAUGUUGUGACUAGCCAUGAAAGCACGACUAUUCAAAUUGUAGAGAAAUAUUUUUUGAGAGAAUCAGAGUAUUAUGUCAUUAUUAUCAGAGAAUUAAUCAACGACAGGCACAGUAGACUACUGCUGGUGUGUACGGUCAAACUAAUUAAAGCCAAGUUGUUCAAA